CACUCCGCUUAUAAAUGACAAGGUGACAGACUAACCCUCCUACAUCUGACUUGCCGCUGAGUGCGAGCUAACCGCGGACCCUCCGAAAGUCCUAACUAACCGGUUCCAGCCAUGUACGCCUGCGCCAAGUUUGUCACUUCUCCCGCUGUGCUGCGUGGGGGGUCCAGAGUCCUUGCCCGGCCGGUCUCAGUCUCCCUCUUCAACAGACCUGAAGCCACAGUGGAGCAGCAGGCUCUGCUGCCGGUCAGCCAGUCUGCAGUCCUGACCCGCUCCUUCCAGACCAGCGCAGUCUCCCGGGACAUCGACACCGCCGCCAAGUUCAUCGGCGCCGGCGCCGCCACAGUGGGCGUGGCCGGCUCGGGAGCCGGAAUCGGCACGGUGUUCGGCAGCCUGAUCAUCGGCUACGCCAGGAACCCCUCCCUGAAGCAGCAGCUCUUCUCCUACGCCAUCCUGGGCUUCGCUCUGUCUGAGGCCAUGGGUCUGUUCUGUCUGAUGGUGGCGUUCCUCAUCCUGUUCGCCAUGUAAACCCCGCCUCCCUCCUCCACCUCCUCCUGUCCGUCUCCGCUCCCUUCUCCUCUCCUCCCUCCAUCCGUCAGGAGGGGGCGUCCAGAACGGGAACUCUGAACGAGCUGAGAGGCCAUUCCAGUCCACAAACCAAGAUUCAAGGAAGAAAUAUUUACAUGAGGCUCCCACUCCUCGACUCUACUCCUGUUCCUACACUUCUUUUUGUUUUCUGAAGUUUUAUGUAAGACCUCACUUCGGUUGAAAUGAUCUGUCCAGAAUAAAUGGUUGGAAUAACUAAA